UGGUUUAUGUAAUGAGCAAUUAACAGUAUAAAUGUAAAGACAGCUCUAAAGAAUAGCUUGAAGUUAUAGGAGGUGGUUUGGGGGUGGAAGCCCAUCCACAGGGUUUGGUUCAGACCUGGUGGGAAAAGGUGUGGCUGCAGCCCAGGGUCUCUGCCUGGGCCAGGGCUGGGUCUGGUCAGGGCAGAGGACAGCCAACUGAGAGAGGCACACUUGCUUCCUAGCAAGCACAAAGCCUGUCUUCUCUUACAGGGCUGUAUCUCUAAAGAAAGCCAUUGGGGGCCCACUGAGGCAGUGUUACUGAAUGUCCUGCAUGGCCUGAUGUGUUUAGAGCUCAGUGGGAUAGACAACUAGAGAGCUCUGAAGUAGACCUGAACAAGUGUGCCAAAGUGAGAUAAAUGUAUGUUCUCCAUGAGAGAAAAUAGUGAUGUUUGUCUUUCCAUCUCCUGUCCAUCCAUCAGACUCUACCUUCCCGCACAUGGUCACUUAUACUUUCAUAUCAUAUAUGUGUGCAAGAUAUGUACAUACUAAAUGUAAAUCCUGAAAAUAAAGGAAAACAUGCAAAAUUUCUCUUUCUGAGUAUGUUAAGAAUAGGCCAGGACAAGAUUUAGCUGAAGGACGUAUUCCCUGUGACUCAUUUCUAUCAGUCCUUUGCCUUCAUUCUGCAGAAUAUCUCAAAUAGGGCCACUAGCUGGGAAUAAGUCUUCAACACAUGGACCUGUGGAGGAUGCUUCUGAUCCAUACAUGAUGAUGUGUUAAUUUAUUUCACCUCUGUUCUUUCAGUACGUGUGUUAGGGAAACACAAGGAGAUGCAGGCAUGAGAUUGGGAAGCUGUGUGGCUGCUAGUGUGUCUGGAGAUGUCACCACAGCUUCUGGGGGCUCUGAGGUUCAGGCUUCAGCACUUUCAGUCACAGCCCAAGUCAGCAGCAGACUGAGUGUCCCUGGCUUUGUCAAUCACACGUUCAUAUCAUUCUCCUCCUGUUCAAGGAUUGAGACACGUGUGCCUAUGUGGUAAGAUGCUUCCAGGAAUGACUCGUGCUAAUGAAGGACAAGCUGACAGGUACAGAGAUGCCUCUCCCAUGAUAUGGAAAUGCUAGCCUGCUUUCCUAAUCUCUGGUCCUAAAGGUCACCAGCCCUGCCCUCUCACACCCAGAAUGACAGGUCUCCUACUCAACACCUUCUAUAGUGAGGUCAAGACCUGGGCCAUGCCAGCUCCUCAGCACAACCCAGGGCCUGUCAGAGAGUGCUCAUUAAGAUUGUUUGUGGAAACAUAAGCCUGCCUACCUUUGGUCCAGACAGACACAAAGAUGCCAUUGUGGGACCAGCACCCAUCUCCAGAGCCAUGGAGUGUGGACAGCCCCGCAGGAACUGAAACCCUUCUCCAGAGCUGACCUUCUGGGGUCUCAGGGCAGGUGGCCAAGUUCAGGAACUGCAGAGUGGGGAGUGGAAGGCAGAGUUCCUACUGGGAAGGAAGCUGGGCUAAGGCCCAAAGACAGGUCAGCCAGGGCAGCCAUCAUGAACUCAGAACACAGGCUGGCACAUGGAGUCAUGGUGCCUCUUGUAUUAGUGACCCAAAGGGAAUGAGAUCUGGCCCUGUUGAGAGCAAGUGGGUGCCCAGAGCUAAUGAGAAGGGAAGCUGUGGACUCCAGAGGAAGGAAGUUCAACAGGAGCACAAGGGUGGGCUCAGGACAGGCUGAGGUGGACCCUGGUUCUUCAUCCCACCUCAGGGCACAAGAUGGCAGGAAAUGAACACACAUGGGCCUCAGUUGUACCAGGGCAGCCCUGGCUCUGAAAAAUGUCCUCUCAGCGGGUCCUCGGAUGACAAGAGCAGCAGAAGGUCAAGCCCCCUUGUUGGAGAUGAAUCCCCUUGAGCUCACACAGGUGACCCCCCCUUCACCGAUUCCUUCAGGGGACAAAUAUUCAUGUGUGGCUGGAAUCCUUCAUGCGGCCAACUUAAAAUUGUGAACUAUGAAAACUGAACCCUAACUGGUGAUUGAGUAGAUGGGCAUUGGCCAGUUAGUGAAAAAGGACCAAGACAGCCGGCGGUGGUGGCGCAAGCCGGGUGGUGGUGGCGCAUGCCUUUAAUCCCAGCACUCGGGAGGCAGAGCCAGGCGGAUCUCUGUGAGUUCGAGGCCAGCCUGGGCUACCAAGUGAGUUCCAGGAAAGGCGCAAAGCUACACAGAGAAACCCUGUCUCAAAAAACCAAAAAAAAAGGACCAAGACAUCUGGAGUAAGAAGUGUCCUGCAGAGCACACAGCUGGCCUCAGAGCAGAAUGAAGUGGGUCAGGGUCAGGGUAUUGCCUAGUGUGGCAGGGGUCUACCCUGAAGAUGUUUAAACUGACUAGAGUCAGGAGUUUGUGUUUCCACUUACAGGAAGGUCCAGGUGGAGUAUCCAUGCAGGGAUAGGACAGUGAAGUGGCCUCCCUCCCAGGCAGGGGCCAGGCCAUCUGGGAACAAGCAGACAUUCUCUGGUGGUGAAGCUCAGCCCCAUCCUCAGUAGCAGGAGGUCAGAAGCCAGGUCUCAGGGGACACAGCUCAGGGCAGCCAUGGGCAGAUGGAGGGCAGGGGUGUGAAGGGAAGCCUGGCCCUCCCUCCCUGCCCAAAGUGCAACCUCCCUGCCCCUGAGUCACUCAUCCCAGGGUCCUUUGUGAGCACAACUCUUGGUGGUGCAGACAUUGCAGGGCAUUGUGUGUCUUUCUUCAUCUGUAGGUGACAUUGAGUUGAUAUUCAUCAGAUCCCAACAACAACAACCUUCCACUUCCAUGAUGGAUGUGGAUUUGGCCAUGAUAGAAGGGCAGGAGGGACGUGGCCAGUGCCAAGUGGGCACACAUCCCUGGCCAUGGGGGAUAUAAAGGGCACCCUGUGAGGAUGCGGAGCAGACAUUCCCCAGGUGACCUGCCUUGUGUGAGAACGCAGAGACUGAAGAUGAAGAGUUUGCUCCUGACCUUCUUGCUUCUGGUGCUGGUGGCUGUCCUGAAGGCCCAGGAAGCCCCACCAGAUAACCAGGAGGAUUACUCUGGGAUCUGGUACACAAAGGCCAUUGUACACAAUGGAAGCCUACCCAGUCACAUGAUACCUUCAAAGGUUUUCCCUGUGGUGGUAACAGCCUUGGAAGGAGGAGACAUGGAAGUCAAGGUUACAUUCUGGAAGAAAGGGCAGUGUCAUGAGUUUAAAAUUGUGAUGAAGAAAACCGACGAGCCUGGCAGAUACACCACCUUUCACGGAAAGAGGUUCGUUUAUGUCGUAGAGCUGUCAGUGAAGGACCACUACAUCUUCUACUGUGAAAGCCAUCAACGUGGGAAGUUGUUUGGCAUGGGAAAGCUCAUGGGGAGAGACUCUAAGGAAAACCCAGAGGCUGUGGAAGAAUUUAAGGAAUUCGUACGGCAGAAGGGACUCAGAGAGGAAAACAUCUUAGUACCAGAGUUGAAUGGUCCCCUCACCUCUCACAGGGUUGCCAGGGCCCUGCUUCAGGUCUUGGCUGUGGGAGGGCCUGAGCUGCAGGUGUGA